ACGAUUUCACUAAUCUUAGUUCCGCAUUAAAAGGUAUCAUUAGAAAGACAGUCCUACUGUUGCAUGAUCCAAAUCAUAAUUUAAAAAGCAAAACACUGUUAAGCUUUAAAAAAGAGAGAGAAAGUAGAACACUAUACACCAUGGGAAAUGUUCUUGCUUUUGUGUUCAGUUUGUGUCUGCUUUGUCCUGGAGAAAUGAAAGAAUGGCCGACACAUUCAAUCUGCAAGUCGGAGCACUUGGAACUGUAUUACAGGAGUUGUGAUCCAUUUCAAGAUUAUGGCGUCAGUAUCAGCCCUUGCGACAUUUACUCUCAUGAAAGAUAUAAUAUGCAACUUGGCUUGAUUUUAAGGCAUAAUAUUAAUACACUCAGGGUAAAUAUGAAACUCUUCAGAUAUGGGAUAUACAUCCUGGACUACGGACAACCAAUUUGUGAAAUAGAUGACCAAAGGUUUUCAUUCUGUGGGAGAAAAAAAGGAGAAUUUGUUUACAUUGAUCAUCCAUUUUCCAUUCCAUUGAAAAGCUUACCAAAGGGAGAAUACCUAAUUGAAAUGGAGCUGUUUGGCGAAGAUAAAAACAUUUCUUGUGUAAACCUGACAUUACUUGCCACUUAAGUAGUUAUGUGACAUUAUGUGAAUUAGCGAAAGACUUUGUAGCAGUAGACAAAAAUGCAACUUGCAGAUUCACUAAUGCCAACUCACACAUCUCACAUACUCUCAACUGCAGGACAGUCAAAUUCAUGCAAGUUGAAAAAGCAAGCAAUUUGCAGAUUUAUUAACCCGUACAUUGUAAUUUAGUUGGGGGUAUAUGCUCCAGGAAAGCCUCCUCACAGACCCCCCUCGUUCCCAUCAUAUCUUCAGUGGGAUGGUAGGUUACAAUGAAUUAACAAAACCCUUGGAGGGAAUCUAUGUCCCCCACAACCUGUUCAUUGAGGUGAGAGGGGUCAAAUAUCUUAAAAAUGCUUUGGAGAGGCACGAACCCUGUCCUGCUCACCUCUUUGACACUUAGGGUGGGCAAAACCUGUGGUGUGAAAUGAUAUGCUGGAUUGGCCCUAAAACUACUCAGGGCAUUGAACUUUAGGCUACCCAGUAUCUGUACUGGGUAGCCUAGCGCUCAAUGCCCUUUAGGCCAGGGAUCCAGAAAGGAAAUGUUGGUGAGUAUGGAAAGGGUAAAAAAAAAACAAAAUAAUAAGAAGGAUGCUGCUUCAAAAAAAUAAAAAAUGAUAAAAAAUAAAAUGAAAAUUACCCUCUUCCAUGACCACAGGCAGCACAAAAAAGCAUGUACAGUCCUGUGUACCAGUUACUAUGUCUGCUUUACUUAAUAACUAGAGACUAUGCUCAUAACACAUAAUCAGUUAGGUCAGAGAUGUGUGUGUCGGAAAUUAUAGAGACCUUUUUGGUGGCCUUUUGCUAGCUUUAAGAUGAAGCCCUUCAGAGAAUCAAAACUUUUAAGAUGUAAAAAAUUACAUUUAUAAAUUCAAUAAACACCGAAAAAAAAUGUUCUUUUAAUGCAAUCACAAACAAUUGGACACAGAAAAAAAAAUCCAUAUGUCCAAUUAAAUUAUGGAAUAACAGCAUCCUCUGGUUAGAAAAUAGGUUUGCCUGUUUAUUUAGUCACGCUCUGCUUACAGAGUCCAUGUUUGAUACAGUUCAGUAUUAUUUGUUUAAUGUCUACACAGCUGUUACAGAUAAGCAAAGAAAACCCACUCAUGUUCCUAUGACUACAGAUUAGUAGUGAUGUUGGGAACAGUGCUACCUUUUGCUAGAAUAUGGACUCCCAUCAAGCAAAAAGUGCCUUACACACAAUGGACUGGCACUGAUUUAAAUUCAGUUUUCCAAUCUCUUGUUUUAGAUAUUAACCAUUAAGCAUUACUUGAAAUUGGUAUUUUAUAAACCUGCUCAUUCUUUGUUAUUCUUUUCAAAAUGCAUCUCUGUAGACUGUGCCAUUUCAGUUGACACACUGAUUACUAUUGUCUGCAAAAAGGUUUGGGAUCCUGUAAUCACAUGCAUUGGCUUUGUGACUGGGUGUUGCUGAGAUGCUUCUGCCCGGGACACAGCAACAAUAUUAGAACAUUAUAGAUUUGCUCUCAUAUCGUUUCUUAAUUUGAUACAUUAGAUACAUAUAUAAAAUGAAUGCACAAUAGUAAGCAACAUAUUCUGGCCAAAGCUUUGGGUGGCCAGCCCAGGGGCUUCUGCUCCUCUGCUGCAAAAUGGAGACAGAUUAGUCUUUUGGGCAAUCAGACCUUUCUAGUAUUCUGUUGCUCAAUGGGUCUAUUACAAGAGAAAUAUCCCAACGAGCCCAUAUUCACUAUGGAUGACUCUGCUGAGCAGGCGCAGUCUCCAUAGCAUGCAUAAAAAAGCGCUAUGUGCCUUUAAGACACAGAGCACCGGGAUAUGAUGUCAUAACCCGGCGUCAAGCAGGGCAGAUGGCUGGUGGCACAGACUAGGGCAGCACCCAAGAUAAAUACAACAUCAUGGACAGUUGGUAUAGUGCAUUGAGGAUUUGUACAUUUAACAUGUUAAUUCUAAACUGCAACUCCUCAUGCAAAAACAUCAGUGAAAAACCAACU